UGAAUCAAUGACCGAUGUUUGUGAAAACACGAACACCUUAAAAACUUUGAUCUUUAGUGUAUUACCUUAGUCACCGUAUAACAAUACCGUUGGUAAAAUCUUUACCGGUUUUAGUGAGUAAAUAUUUAAUCGAUCUCGGUUUAUGUAAAACAAAUUUACAGUGGGAUUGAUACACGUCAUAUUUCAUAAAUUGGUGUUUGUUUAAGUUUGUGAUAUACGAAAACGGAAAGAUACUGCUUUUGAAGUAGAUGGUCAUCGUACAUUCGUACUGGAUGGUCUGAAUACCUUUUGAAUGGGACAUUUCUUAUGUCAGAGAAGACAGUGUCUCUCUGCUCAGUAAUCACAAAAGUAAAAAAAAGAAACGGACGAUAUACCUUGUUACCUUAUAGAUCUUAUAUACAUUGUCAGUCAAGUGUAUAGUACUGUGAAGAAUGAAGACAAGUUUGGACGACGUGCGUUCCUUGCUAUUUUGGAAGGCGGUUUUCGCAGAAUUCAUUGGUACUUUCAUACUCGUGCUCGCGGGUAUUGGGUCUACAGUGCAAGGCUGGACAGCGGACCAUAUUGACAUUGUUCAGAUCUCCUUGUCCUUCGGACUCUGUGUCGCUACCAGCGUAUGGAUCAUUGGCCACAUCAGCGGCGGCCACAUUAACCCGGCCGUCACAUGUGCCAUGCUUGUCACAAGGAAAAUAAGUCUCGUCCGAGCAAUACUGUUCGUGGUCGCUCAGAGCUUAGGUGCGAUUUCCGGCGCCGGCAUCCUGAAGGCGGUUACUCCCGCGCUGCAAGUUGGCGGCCUGGGGACCACGACCUUGAAUACAGGGGUUACCGAGGCUCAAGGUCUCGGAAUUGAGCUACUUAUAACCAUGGUGCUGAUACUUACGGUGUUCGCCGCAUGUGACAGCAAAAGGACGGACCUCGCCGGAAGCUUCCCGCUCACCAUUGGCUUUGCCGUGGCCAUCGGUCACCUGUUUGCGGUUGAGUUUACCGGGGCCAGUAUGAAUCCCGCCAGAAGCCUGGGACCGGCCGUUGUCAUGAAUAUCUGGACUAACCACUGGAUCUACUGGGUCGGACCGAUCACGGGAGGGGUUCUGGGAGGGUUGCUUUACGACAACAUCCUUGCUUCCAACGCUUCGCUAAUGAAGGCCAGAACCUGCCUAAUGGGGUCGCAGUUCGAUGACGGGGAAACCCCGGAACGGAAACCCGACUUCAAACGGACACCCGACUUCAAACCACUUAGCACCGAGGAACCGAAGAAGUCCGAUGACGAUGAUAUCCUAAAGUCAUAGCAUGUUUGAUAUACCUGGAUGCGAGUUUUGUAGGUUACCAGUGGUGUAAAAGCAUUUAGGAUGCGUUUAUGUUUAGCAUAGUGUGGUUGACCAUUUUUUGUUAUAUAAAUUUCGUGUGUUUUGUCAAUGGUGUGAAUGUUAUUAACUUAUUGGUCUCCUUUACUGAAAACAGUUUAUUAUAGUUUACGAGCUGUACCCGAGCUAUUAGUUGUGUAUUAACACCCAUACCCAUUUUGUAUUGUUCAUCUUAAGACAAUCUUAUAGUGUUGGCUGCACGAUGAUUAUCAUGUGUUUGUUUCUUGUGGUAUUUUUGGAGGUUUUAUGCAUUGUAUUUAAAUUUUGUUCAUUCGUAUGCAUGUUAUAGGACGGAUAUGUCUUAAGAUAUUUAACAAAUUCAUAUUGAUCAAAUAAUUAUGUGUCAAUUCAAUGUCAUGCAUAGGCCCGUUUUAAUCACGAAUAAGUAAAACCCAUUUGUAUAUAUAAUGGUUAUAGCUUUAUAUUUAUAAUGCAUGAACUAAAAAUGUCGAAUUGUUACGUGUAUUAACAUAAUUAAAACUUUAAACGUUUACAUGUUGUAUUCAGUUGAUCUUAACUGAAUACAACACAAGACUUAGCCACAGAGGGGGUUUCACUCUAAUCAGGGUCAAAGAAACAGGCUUCAGGUACGUCAUCUUCCCAUGUGCCAAUUUUAGUUUAUCGUUUAUCAACCAGUGUGACGCAUAUUUACAAAGUUCAGUCCUUCAAGAUGGCCAUCAACGCCCAUUUUCUGAGAAGCAUCCCUAUUUUAUUUUAGUCCUGUUUUGCACAGAACACGGAUGGCCAUCAAUUGUUGACUUCAAUGUGUUCCUUUUUUACACGGAUUAAAUCAUGUGUUAUAGCUCUUAGCCCAACUAUAGUCUGUUUAAACGAGACUUGCUAUAUUCAGGUUCAUAUCUAUCUUGAAACGAUCUGAUACUGUGAUUUCUUUAUAAAUAUAUCUGAGGUAUAUGUAAGAUUGUGUAUUUAUUCAUAACAUAUCACAUGAGUGUCAUAUUUUGUAUAGGAAGCAUGCCAUGGUUCUUUUAAUCAUAUAAGUUGAUCACCUCUUUUACUUUUUUACAUUAAAUGCACAGUGCUUUAUCAAUUAUC